CAACAAAAUUCUCUCUCUCUCUCUCUCUCUCUCUCUCUCCCCUUCAACAUCUCCGAGAUUGCUCCAAUACCAUAUAGAUUUGGUGACCAGAACAACUAUUACUUGCAGUGGUUCAACCUCUCUCUUUCUCUUCUCUCUCUUUCUCUCUUAUGAAUAUACUGAGCCAUAAUGUCAUAAUUAGAGAGGGAGAUACCAAGAACUGAAAAACCAUGACUUCUAACAGAAGCAACCUCUUCUCAUUGUUCCUCUUCCAUCUUCUUCUUGUCCCCACACAACUCCAAGCUCUUAACACUGAUGGUGUUCUUCUGCUCUCUUUCAAAUACUCCAUCCUUAGUGACCCACUCUCUGUUCUACGCAACUGGAACUACGACGAUGAAACACCAUGCUUGUGGACAGGUGUCACCUGUACAGAGCUUGGGAAGCCCAACACACCAGACAUGUUCAGAGUCACAAGCUUGGUACUUCCCAACAAACAACUUCUUGGUUCCGUUACUCCGGACUUGUUCUCGAUUCCGCACAUUAGAAACUUGGAUCUGUCCAGCAAUUUCUUCAACGGGUCACUGCCGGACUCGGUCUUCAACGCCACUGAGCUUCGGGUUAUCUCCCUUGGAAGCAACAGUCUCUCUGGUGAUUUGCCUAAGAGUAUCAACAGUGUAAUCAGUCUCCAGCUCUUGAAUCUAUCAGCCAACGCAUUCACCGGAAAAAUUCCGCUCAGCCUCUCACUUCUGAAGAAUCUAACGGUCGUUUCCUUGACAAAGAACUCGUUUUCAGGUGAUGUUCCAGCUGGUUUCGAAGCAGUACAGGUUCUUGAUCUUUCUUCAAAUCUUCUCAACGGCACUCUUCCUCGGGAUUUGGGAGGGAAAAGCUUGCUUUACUUGAACUUAUCACACAACAAAGUCUUGGGCGUGAUUUCUCCAGGUUUUGCAGAGAAAUAUCCAGCAAACGCUACAGUCGAUCUCUCCUUUAACAACCUAACAGGCCCGAUACCUAGUUCCCUCUCUUUACUAAACCAAAAGGCCGAGUCUUUCUCUGGUAAUCCAGAGUUGUGUGGGAAGCCAUUGAAGACCCUCUGUUCAAUUCCUUCCACUCUCUCAAACCCUCCAAAUAUCCCUGAAAAUACUUCACCAGCGAUAGCGGUCAAGCCCAGAAGCUCGGCUCCAACAAACCCUUUAACAGAAUCACCAAAUCAGACAGCAAAAAGCAAGCUAAAGCCAACAACUAUUGCUGUAAUCACAGUUGCAAACAUAUCUGGUCUAGCGAUCAUAGCUCUAUUCGUGCUCUACGUAUACCAAGCCAGGAAACGCAGAAGAUCCCCAGAAACCAGCACAUUCAGCUACUUCACAACGUGUCUGGAGAAAAACGAAGCCAAGAAAUCGAUUCACCAACCGAAACCGAGCGUCGCGGAGGUCAAAGUCACAGACUCACCAGAUGCAAAAACGGCAUGCGGUUCGUGCAUAAUCUUAAACGGAGGAAGGUACGAAGAGACAUCGACAUCAGAGAGCGACGUAGAGAACCAGCAAACCGUUCAGGCAUUCAAUCGAACAGAUGGUGGGCGACUGAAACAGAACGUUCAGACUCAACUGGUCACAGUCGACGGCGAGACUCGGCUUGAUCUAGACACUCUGCUAAAGGCGUCUGCUUACAUACUGGGAACCACCGGAACCGCAAUCGUGUACAAGGCGGUGCUAGAGAACGGCACGGCAUUCGCGGUGCGGCGAAUCGAGACGGAGAACUGUGCGGCUGUGAAACUCAAGGAAUUCGAGCGGGAGGUUCGUGCCAUCGCUAAGCUUCGACACCCGAAUCUCGUCAGAAUUCGUGGGUUCUGCUGGGGAAACGACGAGAAGCUUCUAAUCUCCGACUAUGUUCCCAAUGGCAGCCUCCUUUGCUCCUUCACCGCCCCAAAGGCAAGCUCGAGCUCGUCGACAUCAUCGUUGCAAAACCCACUAUGUUUCGAGGCACGGCUCAAGAUAGCAAGAGGAAUGGCCAGAGGACUAUCUUACAUCAACGAGAAGAAACAUGUGCACGGUAACAUCAAGCCAAAUAACAUUCUCUUGAACUCUGAGAAUGAGCCCAUCAUUACCGAUCUGGGCCUAGACCGCCUCAGGACAUCGGUGCGUGAAUCUCACACCACUGGACCAACGUCGAGCUCACCGUACCAACCACCGGAAUGGUCUACGAGCCAGAAACCAAACCCUAGAUGGGACGUUUAUUCCUUCGGCCUCAUUCUCUUAGAACUUCUCACAGGCAAAGUUUCUCAAGAUUUAGAUCAGUGGUCGGAAUCACCCGGUUCUGAAGCGGAAGAGAAAGGUCGGUUCUUGAGGUUGAUCGACGGUGCAAUUAGGAGCGAUGUGGCUCGGCAUGAGGAUGUUGCAAUAGUGUGCUUUAGGUUAGGGAUUGAAUGUAUAUCUUCCUUGCCUCAGAAGCGACCGUCAAUGAGAGAAGUGGUGCAGGUGUUAGAGAAAAUGUGUGUUUAUAUAGAUUUCUCUGUUCUGAUAAACUCUCUACCAAAGAGAUACCAAAUGGAAGGAGGAUCUACCACUACCGGCGCGGAGACAAUUGAGAUUCAACCACCAAAUCAGAUCUUCAUUCUCUCCGGACAAAGCAACAUGGCCGGACGCGGCGGCGUCGUCAAAGACCACCACCACCACAAUCGCUGGGUAUGGGAUAAAAUCGUUCCGCCGGAAUGCGCACCAAACUCAUCGAUCCUCCGCCUGAGCGCAGAUCUCCGAUGGGAGGAAGCGCGUGAGCCACUCCACGCUGACAUCGACACCGGUAAAGUGUGCGGCGUAGGUCCUGGGAUGGCGUUCGCGAACGCGGUGAGGAAUCGUCUGGAGACGACGGAAUCGGCCGUGAUCGGACUGGUGCCGUGCGCCUCCGGUGGAACGGCGAUUAAAGAGUGGGCGCGUGGGAGUCACUUGUACGAGACGAUGGUUAAGAGGACGGAGGAGAGCAGAAAAUGCGGCGGAGAGAUCAAGGCCGUGCUUUGGUACCAAGGAGAGAGUGACGUGUUGGACAUCCACGACGCUGAGAGCUACGGGAGCAAUAUGGACCGUCUGAUUAAAAACCUCCGUCAUGAUCUCAACCUCCCUUCUCUCCCCAUUAUUCAGGUUGCAAUAGCGUCGGGAGGUGGAUAUAUAGAUAAGGUGAGAGAAGCACAGUUGGGUCUGAAACUAUCCAAUGUGGUCUGUGUCGAUGCUAAAGGAUUGCCGCUAAAGCCAGACAAUCUUCACUUAACCACUGAGGCUCAAGUCCAACUCGGUCUCUCCUUAGCACAAGCUUAUCUUUCCAACUUCUGCUAGACAAUCAAGUUAUCCAUGAUGAAGAUCGGGUCUACGUUUCAUAUAAGAAGAUAUGCGGUUUUAAGUGAUGGUGCUGGUUUUCAAACUAUGUAACUCUUUUACCUAUAGAGAACACUAUGAACAUAUAUACUUCUCAUUUGUCACUUGGAAACUAGAAAUGGAGGCGGACUUGCUAUUCUAUUUUUAGGAAAGGCAACAAUCUGUUGCACUUUGUA